AUGUGUUUGUUGGUGACAAACGCUCGCUUUCACAGUGACCAUUGGUCGUUUGCUCCUCGCCGUGACACCCAAGUGAUUGUUGGCCAUUACCGUGCAAUUGUUCUCGAUCAAGCUUCCGCGGUGGUGAAAUGCACAGUCGUACCGGCCGGCGGCGCCUCUUACUCCAAUAUCUACCUUGGUCGACCUUGGGACCAAUAUGCCCGCGUUGCCUACGUCCAGUCUGAGCUGGGUUCGUGUGUAGCUGCUCAGGGCUGGCAAGCCUGGACCAAGGCCGAUCCCCGAACAGCCAAUGUCAUCUUUGGAGAGUUCGACAAUUCUGGUCCUGGAUCUUCCACUAGCCAGCGUGCUUCUUUCGCCAAGCAGCUCUCUGCCGAGGAUGUUGCACAGUUUGAGCUGGGCACUUUCUUCACUUCUACCACCUGGAUCAACAUGACGCUCGUUGACGCAACACCUUUCGAUGCGGGCAUCGCUGCUACUCAGACCUUCAGCUCCACAACUAUCUUCACCACGCAGACUGUGACAACGUCUCAGACAGCUUUGGUUACUACAACCGGAGCCGAUGUGACUGUUACGGAGAAGUCCACUUCCACUCUUGAUGUCGGAACCACCAUCACGCCUGAUCCUACUACCAAGACCAAUACUGAGAAGAGCACGACUACUCAGACUCAGCAGAUUACUCAAGGCGACAGCGUUAUCACUGUCAAGUCGACUGACGUUGUGGAUGUUGGCAAGACUGUCACCCCUGCUGAUGUUACCAAGACUUCAACUAACGUGGUUGCCGCGACUGUCACUUCUUGGAUCACAACUUCUGCCAAGGCCGUCACGACAACUGUAUCUACCACUGCAGUCACAGUUACUCCCAAGUCGGUGACUCAAGAAGAGACUGACUUUACAACUGUCUUCGCUACCCAGACUUCAAGCCCCAAGGCUGUCACUGUCAAGAGCACUACUACUACCACUGUUGGCACUGGCGGUACUACUACCACGUCCUUGAAGGCUACCACUGUUGUGUCUACUGUUGUGACAACUUCUGUCAAGACUGUCUCUAAGACAACAACACUCAAGUGUAUCCCAACCCAGGAUAAGCGUGAUCUCGGAAGUGCCGCGGCGGUUCUUAAGCACCGAGCUGCUGUUGUCUUUGGUAACCCUUCUUUCGACCUUACCUCUGGCCUGACCCGUCGUGAUCUGGACCUUGGAUCAAUCAAUCUUGAGGCUCGUGCAGAGGCUCUCCGAACAGUCACUGUCACCGUGGUCUCGACUUUCACCACUAACAUCAAGACCUCGACCGCGACUGUUCCUGGUAGCACAACGACAACGGAAUUGAUCACCACCAAGACAAUUGGAAAGACAAGCACUUUGAAGCCCGUGACUGUUGUGGAGGUGUCUACAUCUGUCGCCACGCGUUUCGCCACUGUUACUAUUGCAGGAUCUACUUCUACAACUACACAGGUCAUCACCAAAGAGUCAGGCAAGACCACUACUCUCAAGGCCGCUACCACUACAGUUGUCGUCGACGCUACAUCUGUUGUCACUGAGAAGAAGACCACCACUCUUCCCGCAAGCACAGUCACAGUCUACAAGACUCUCACCCAGACUCUGGCCGCAGGAACUGUCAAGGUUACUUCAACCAACACCGUCAAGAAGACGUCUACUGUCACUCUGGACCAGAAGACUGUCACAAGCUGGGCUACAGUGAAGACCACUCUGCUGCCUUCCAGCACGGUCACGCAGCGAAGCACUGUGUCCAAGGUUACCACUUCUGUGGUCAAGCAGACAAAGACGAAUUGGGCGACCAAGACGAGCAAGGGUGCUGCUGCUUGCACCAACUGAGCCUGGGGAUUUAAUUCAUUCUAGCGCAUUCGUGCGACAUAAUUAGUCAAUUUAGCCAUAAUAUCUACUGUAAUUUUGCCCAGGUUGUAUAAGGACGCAAGAAGACUUAAGACCGCUAUUCUAAGCGACAAA